CUAGCAAUACAAAAUUUUACAUUUUUUGUUAUUAUCCGCGAGUGUAAUCGAGAUUUGAUAAACGUAUUAAAACGAUAAAAAGACGAUUGUCAUGAAUUAAUGAAAUAUCUUUCGAUUCUUAAUUUUAAUGAUAACGUAUAAAUAAGUAUAAUCAAAUCUGAUUUAGUGGUUAGAACAAGCUGAUUUUAUAAAUAUUGUUAUACAUAUUUAAUUAAUCGUAACUGCCAUCGUUAGAGUCUCGCUCUUAUGUUGUCUUGUCUGUUUAAAGAACUUUCAGUUUUAAUCGCGAUAACAGGACAUAAUAGGAUGAGCAAGAAUGAACAGCGAUGAACAGUCGCGCGCAUCGUUGUCUAUCUUAAAACUAGAAUUUCCCUAGCAUAGUUAAAAUCGCUAGUAACUCGCUUUAUAAUCGACAGUUCUGCGCGAUUUGUUUAAAUGUCGAGAUCUCGACACAAAGCAUGGCGUUGUCAUAUAUGGAUAGCCACAGGUAUAGGUUAGCCACGAAGAGUGAUAAUACUCUAUAGUCUGUAUAUUAGGACGUUCGCGAAAAUGCGAUUGAAUUACUACAAGGUGCUCGACUGCGGCGAGGAUUCCUCUCGGGAGGUGAUAAAGCGUGCUUACCAUCGGCGCUUGCUGCAGUUCCAUCCCGAUAAAAACAGCGCCGCGGACAUCCAGGAGUUCCAUGACGUCAAGGAAGCCUGGCGGGUACUUGGAAAUCCGCAGUCCAGGAGGAAGUACGAUGCGGCCUGCAAGCAGGAGCAGUUGGAGGAGGAAGACAGUCCCGUGUACGCGCGUCUCUCACCGAGCGACCUUGAGGAAUCCGCUCUCGAAGGCACGCUGUUUUACCGCUGUAGAUGCGGCGAAAAUUAUUUCAUUGAGCGAGAGGCUCUUCGGGAGAAGAACACUAUGCUCCAAGUGAUGUGCGACGGCUGUACGCUCAUUAUCGUUGUUGAAACGUAGCACGUCGACAUUACACGGCUUGUGCAACAAAGUACAAUCUUUGAUGGCACCUAUGGACUCCUAUUUUUUUUUUAGAAGCCUGUAAAACAUGACUGAGUUUUUAUUUAUUCGAGCGAAUAUUUAUGCAAGCAGGACGACGAAAUAAGAGGCGCUUUCUACGCGUUUGAUUAUACGCUAUAUACAGUAUGACAAUACUCACAGCUAUGUAGAAAGAGGUCGAAAUCGAACAUUUAUUUUGUACAAAAUAUGUUUCUUAGCACAAGAACAUGUGUACAGUUGUAAUAAAUUUAAAAAAAAAAAAACAAUCUAAAA